AUGGGUGCAUCAUCAGCUAUGCCAAACGUGGCUCUGUUAGGUUACUGGGUUCUCAUUGUUAUCGUGAAAAGGAGUAUUUCUAAAGGUCGAUGGAAGUGGAGAAUUCCUCCAGGGAGACAUGGGCUCUACAAUGGCUGUAUAACUCUGAUGUCAAAGGUCACGAGCCGUAUCGGCGACUACAGGAACUUUUCCCAGGUCGAGAUGUUCACAAGUGCUGCUAUGCGCUCGGGCUUUGGCAGCGGCGGUCUUGUGGUGGACUUCCCUCAUUCUUCGAAGGCCGAGAACCACUUCCUUGUACUAUAUGCUGAUAGUUCCAACGCCACGGUGCCGCAAGGCCUGAUGGGUACUGCUGAUGGGAAAGCGAUGGUUGAGGGUGAUUCGGCAGUGCGGAAUGCUGGGAGAGUGAGCAGGAAUAGAGGCCUGAGGAGGCGGGACCGGCUACACGAAGGAAGAACAGCAGUGAAGGCACGCAGUUGGACCCAGGAGGAGGAGGAACGACAUCGUGCUCAGGGCCGUGAUGUAGAGCAUGACUCAAAGUGA